UAUCGUCUGGAGAUCCGCUGGGUGGCGGGUCACGAAGGAGCAGAGGGCAACGAGCUUGCUGACGUCGGCGCUAAGUCGGCUGCUCAUGGUCUGUCCAGCCCCGCUGCUGACCUCCCGCAUAUCCUCCGCUCCCGCCUAUCCUACAACUGUUCCGCUCUCAUCCAGUCCUUCACGUCCAAAAUCAAGGCGAGCUGGGCUAGCGAUUGGGCCCAAUCAUCUCGGGCCACUCAGUUUCGACGCAUCGGCCCUUCGCUACCUUCGAAAUCCUUCCUGAAGCUCAUCGAU